AGAGAUAAAUAACCCCCGUGGUCCUCCUGCAUUCCGGACGAUUAUAUUUGUCUCAAGUCAACAAGCACUACCGAUCUUAAGCAUCAUUACGAAGUACAAACUCAAAUUCUUGGGAGAAAAGGGAAAAAAGAAAGUCAUGUCUUCCCGCAAGUACAACAACGUAAUCGUCUUUGGCCCUACUGGCGGUGUGGGCUCUCAGGUCGCCCUCGAAGCCAACAGGCGCGGAGCCAAGGUGUGGCUCGCGAUGCGGGACCCUACCAAGACCAUUCAAGACAUCCCCGCCGAUGUUGAGAAGUCCGGCAACUUCGCCCGUAUCCAGGCCGACCUCACAGACCCGGUGUCUAUAGCCAAGGCGAUCAAAGAGUCUGGGGCAAAGGCCGCGUACAUCUACUUGAUCCACGGGGCGUCGGAUGGCAUGCGUGGAGCGCUACAAGCGCUGCGCGAUGCUGGCGUCGAGAGCGUUGUCUUUCUGUCAAGCUUCUCGAUCACACCGGCUCAUGAACUCCGCAAGAUCCCACAGUCGGCCUUCAUUCCCUGGCUCCACGCCCAAGUCGAGAUCGCGGCGGAGGAGGUGGGCAUACCCUACUUCACGGCGCUGCGGCCCGCCGCAUUCGCCAGCAAUCACUUCAAGAACUUCCUCGACCGGUCUGCGAAGCCACCCAGGGCGACGCAUAUCCGGGACGACGCCUGGGUCGACAACAUCACUCCGGAGGAUAUGGGCGCGGUGGGGGCCGCCGUGCUCGUGGAGAGGCCUUCGAACGGAACCGAGAUCAUCUACCUGGCCGGACCGGAGCUGAUCACCAAGGCGCAGAGCUGGGAAAUCAUCAAGAAGAUCACCGGUCGUCACGACAUCAACGCGAACCCUAUCACCAAGGAGGAAUUCCUCAAGCAGGCUCAGGCCCAUCAUCUCCCAACUAAGGUCGCAGAGUACCUGGUCACGGUCGACGAUGAAUCAACCGAGCGUUCCUACCUCUUCUCAGAAGCCUUGCACCGUGAAUCCGUCGCAAACAUCAAGAAGUACUCUGGCAAGGAGCCACUCGGAUUUGCAGAGUAUAUCGAGGCGCACAAGGCAGAGUGGCAGGCGCUAUGAGACGGAGAGGCAAACAGCCACCCGAAAGCCACCGGCAGGGUGAUCUGGAGAGGGUCAGGAGCGCGGGUUAGUAGCCUUGUAUGAUUCAAUCAAGAGCAAUACCAACAUGGAUGCAUC